AUGGCUUACAUUCUUACCGAAACAGCUGCAGGGUACGCCCUCUUGAAGUCAGCGGACAAAAAGAUCCACAAGUCAUCGAGCUUGAUUGACGAUUUGAACACCGCCAACAAAGUUGCUGAACAAUUCAAAGUAUACCGAUUUGAAAAGUUUACUUCUGCUGCUAAUGCUUUAGAAGAAGCUAAUUCUGUUAUUGAAGGUAAGGUGUCUGAUAACUUGAAGAAAUUAUUGGAAGACAUCAAAACUGAUAAAAAACUGACUUUAAUUGUGUCUGAAGCAAAAUUAGGUAAUGCCAUCAAUAAAUUGGGAUUAAACUUAUCUGUUGUAGCAGAUGCUGCCACUUUAGAUUUACAUAGAGCCAUUAAGGAAUUCUUACCUGAGUUGUUACCUGGUUUAGAUGACAGUACUUUGAAACAAAUGUCAUUAGGUUUGGCUCAUUCCAUUGGUCGUCAUAAGUUGAAGUUCUCAGCUGAUAAGGUGGAUACCAUGAUUGUUCAAGCUAUUGCCUUAUUGGAUGAUUUGGACAAAGAAUUGAAUACUUAUGCCAUGAGAUGUAAGGAAUGGUACGGUUGGCAUUUCCCGGAAUUGGCCAAGAUCAUCACCGAUAACGUGGCUUACGCAAGAAUCAUUUUAACUAUGGGUAUUAGAUCAAAUGCUGCUGAAACUGAUUUGACUGAAAUAUUACCUGAAGAGAUGGAAGAACAAGUUAAAUCUGCUGCUGAAAUCUCUAUGGGUACUGAAAUAACAAAUGAAGAUUUGGAUAAUAUCAAAUCUUUGGCUGAACAGAUUGUUGACUUUGCAACUUAUAGAGAUCAAUUAUCAAAUUAUUUGACAUCUCGUAUGAAGGCCAUUGCUCCUAAUUUAACAACUUUAGUUGGUGAUUUGAUUGGUGCAAGAUUAAUUGCCCAUGCUGGUUCUUUAACUUCAUUGGCAAAGGCUCCUGCUUCCACUAUUCAAAUCUUGGGAGCUGAAAAGGCCUUAUUUAGAGCUUUAAAGACUAAACAUGAUACACCAAAAUACGGUUUAUUAUAUCAUGCUUCUUUGGUUGGUCAAGCUUCUGGUAAGAACAAGGGUAGAAUAGCCAGAGUUUUGGCUGCAAAGGCUGCUGUUUCCUUAAGAUAUGAUUGUUUUGCUGAAGAGCGUGACGAUAACGGUGACUUGGGUUUGGAAUGUAGAGCCAAGGUGGAAUCAAGAUUAAGUGAUUUGGAAGGUAGAGACUUGAGAACAACUCCAAGAGUUAGUAAACAAACUCCAACGGUUGAUAUCACUGAGUCAAAGACUUAUAAUGCUGACGCCGAUGCCGCUGUUGGAUCUGGAUCUUCUGAAACUGAAGAAAUUGAAGUCAACAAGAAGGAAAAGAAGGACAAGAAGAGAAAGAGGGAUGAAGAUUCAGAAGAAGCUGAACCUUCAAAGAAGAAGGAAAAGAAAGAAAAGAAAGAAAAGAAGGAAAAGAAGGAAAAGAAGGAAAAGAAGGAAAAGAAAGAAAAGAAAGAAAAGAAGGAAAAGAAGGAAAAGAAGGAAAAGAAAUAA